GCGCGCUGUCACAAUGUGGGCGCGGGCAUACGUAGGAAAUUCGGCGCGCGAAAGCUGUAGCAGGAAGUGAGAGCAGCACGGCGGCCAGUCCGGGAUUUCAAAUCAUCAAACUACUUCCAUAAUCUACAAACAUCUACAUUAAUAUGGCAGACCCGAAGGAACAGGAUGACCAUGAAACCACUGUAGAGGACUCUAACCAUGAUCCCCACUUUGAGCCCAUUGUGUCCCUUCCCGAGCAGGAUGUGAAAACAUUAGAAGAAGAUGAGGAGGAACUCUUUAAAAUGCGGGCUAAACUCUAUCGUUUUGCCUCUGAGAACGACCCACCAGAGUGGAAAGAGAGAGGAACCGGUGAUGUCAAGCUGCUGAAACACAAAGAGAAGGGCACAAUCCGCCUCCUGAUGAGGAGAGACCGAACCCUGAAGAUUUGUGCAAAUCAUCACAUUACAACUGCGAUGGAGCUGAAGCCUAAUGCUGGCAGUGACAGGGCAUGGGUGUGGAACACACUAGCAGAUUAUGCUGAUGAGUGCCCCAAACCUGAACUCCUGGCAAUACGCUUUUUAAAUGCAGAAAAUGCGCAGAAGUUCAAGGUGAAGUUUGAUGAGUGCAAGGAUGAGAUCAGAAAGUCUCUAGAGGGAACAAGCAACACUGAUAGUGCAAACAAAGUUGCAGAGAAGUUGGAGGAACUCUCUGUAAAGGACAAGGCUUCAGAAGGAAAAAAAGAAGAGGACAAAAAGGAGACAGAGAAGAAAGAAGAUGAGAAAAAGGAGGUGAAGGCUGAGGAGAAGAAUUGAGAACCAAGAACUUGCUUUGCUGAUCUUCAAUUUAUCAGUUUUUCCUCCUUUUCUACAAUAGACUCUAAAUGAACUGAAUUUGGACACUUGCAUAUUAUUAGUUGUUUUUUUUAUUAUCUGUUUUGCCUCAAGAUCACAAGUCCUUGAAGCCACUGAGGAAAAAAUACAAGAUCAUGAAUUUACGAAGAAAAAAAAGCCCUUUCCCUUCCACCCCCUUUCCUUCUGCACCAUGGAAUGCCACGCUUUCCAUCCUCGUCAUCUACAGUUCAAUUUUACUUUUGACAAACUGUGAAAAGAGGCUUGUGAUAGUGAUAAUUCCCACAUUGGGGUUUUUUGUUUUGUUUUUGUUAUUCUGAAGCAGAGUUUGUUUUUAGGGAGAGGAAAAUGUAGCCUGCUUGCUAGCAGCACGGGGUCAGAGAAAAGGCAUUAUGGAGGUGCAUUAUAAAUGUAAUAUCCCAUAAUGCAACUCAGUGGACCUUCUAACCCUGUCCACUGUCCAUGCUUCCACAAAUAGAAACAUCAUUUAAGGUGAAGACUUGUCAGUGGAUGCCUUGUAGAAGUAGUUGUUUCUUGGUUCCUUCUUGCAUCAGUUCUGUUGGGACUGAUUAAAGAGAAAUCCACUCCACACAGUUGAGGGCCAUCGGAUGUGUGCUGCACAUCGCAGCGAUAACUGAUAGAUCAGAUGCACUUAGCUAAGCAUUUCUUUCUUCUUUUUUUCUCCUUUUGAUUUAAAAAAUGUGAAAACCAUUAAGUCCAAAGUCAACGGUUCAUCAUGCUCUAACUUAAGGUAUUCACCAGGAAAUCGAGUUUGUAUUCUGUAGAUCAUAACAUUCCCAGACUUAAAGCAUGUAGAGUAUACAGUAUGUAACAGAGUGUGCCCUAUCUGAUCUGUGUGCUCACCACCUCUCCUUUUCUUUCCACUAAUUGAGUUCUUAACCUUGCCUCUAAAGCGCAUCUAAGUGCCAGUGCAUCUGUAAAUACAUGUAUAUGGAUGAAAUGUUACUAUUCAUUUGCACUCAAAUGAUUCAAGAUGUUUCCUCCACCUUCGAAUAAAAGCUGUCAAAGACCACAUGUUUGCAUUCGUAUAAAAGUCACUUGAUUCCUUGGAUUGCAGAUGCUAAAAUGUACAAUUAUAAACAAUACUGCUCUAUGGGACUGCAACUACAUCCUCAUUGUCAAGCUUGAUAAUGUCUGAAAAUGGUUUGAGGAAGAAAAAAAGCCAAAGACGAUGUCGUCAGAUGUCAUGCUUUUUCCACAACUAAAAAAUAUUAAGUGAAUUGUUAGAGUAAAUAAACUGCAAAUAUUCA